AUGAGUUAUCCUGCAAUGAACAAAGACAUAAUCUUAGAAAUUUUGUCCUACUGUCCGGUGUCAGCAAUUGAAAAGUUCAGAUUUCUAAACAAAGAUUACUAUAAACUAAUCUCUGAAUCUUCGUUUAUCAACCUGAAUCUUCGUAGAACCAAAUCUGUCUUUGGAGUUUUUCUUCAAUACCAAGGAUAUCAUUCAGCUUUCUAUUCCAGUUAUGUCCUCACUUCUGAGAACAUUCAUCGUAGAUCUAAUCUCUCGCUCGAUUUUUUACCGUUAGAGAAGGUAAAGAUCGAAGCUUGUGACCCAAGUCAUGGGAUUUUGCUCUGUGUUGAUUCUAAGCGCUAUGGAAGAAACCCGUAUAUGGUUUGUAAACCAACCACAAAACAAUUCCAAACUAUACCAAAUCCGGAAACCGGAUGUUCUCGGACUAUUAUAACCGGUUUAAUGGUUAUUCGAGCAAAUCCUUUGCGAUAUAAGAUUGUCAAACUAUCUCAGGAAAUGAAGAUAGAGAAUGAUAAUUGCUACACACUCUUAUGCGAAGUUUUCGAUUCUGAUUUGUUUGCGUGGAAACGAUUAGAAGAUGAUGUGAAGCUACCAAAAGGCGAAUUCUUAAGGAUUUCAAGUGUACCGAUAUCUGCUAACGGUUUCUUGCAUUGGCUAACGACUUCAAACAAGAAUGUAUUCCGGUUUUGUAUGAAAACGUCAACAUGGUCUCUCCUCCCACUUCCUAACGACGAUUUAGCGAAAGGUAGUCCUCUAAUUUUAGCAAAAUACGAAGGUAAGCUAUGCAUAAUGCUUUGGAAAGCGAAAAGCGGAGAAAGCUUAAAGGGUUUUUGGAUGCUGCAUAGUAGUUUUGGGAAGACAUGGGUGAAUGUUAAAGAAGAGAAAAGUAUAGUAGAAGAAGAUAAGUUAGUUAGACCUGUGUGGUUACUCCCAAGAACCAAUGUUGCAAUGAUGUGUGGUUUUGAUUGGGUUGGUCUUUACGAUAUGGAGACUAAAAGGAUGAAAUCUGAGCGUUACAAGAUUAGCCUUCCUUCUACAUUUGGUUUCGAUUCUUCUUUUAAUUAUUUCCCUUUUUACUCUGACUAUGAAAAACUUAAUCUGAACGAAGUUCUGAUGCAAUAG